AAAAUGUUCACAAUUCACUCUUACCUGCUUCAUAAAAGCGUGCACAACGCAAAGCUUCUAUAAUAUUGUGUCGGAAGAUUUCAGCAACUCUACAGCAGUUACUUUUUAUUAACUUCUAAAAGAGCUUCAUUUACAGAAUGAGGUUUAUUACAGCAAUUGUUUUCAUCACUCUCUCGAUUGCAGCGAUAUGCAGUCAGGAGUUCGGCCGUCGCAUCAGCUUCAUAAAAACCGCGGACGCAAAUUCCGAUAAUCAACAAUUGAAUACAAAUGAGUAUUCAUCAAUCAGAAAAAGACAGCUCGAAAAACUUCAACCCUUUCAAAUCAAGAACUCACAGCAAAAGAACAUAGUGAACUAUAACGUCCAGCGGCCAUCAUCAAUCUACACUCCUCUAAAUACUAGUUUCUCGACAAUCAAACAAUCUUUGUCCACACCAUAUUUUACUCCGCGACUAACUAGCCAACAGUCUGAAACAUACGUACCACAAACAUUCAGAGGCUCCACAUUCUUUAAUCCUCAAUCAAAUCAGUUUUUGCAUUCGGCCUCUUUGCCAAUGAAUUGCUCAAAAUUGUCAUCCAGUUGUUUAACACCGCAAUCUCUGUUUUCCUCAUUGAUUAAACCGCAAUCAUUCCGUUCUCUCUUUAAGACUGGCAAGAAAAGCAUAUUUGAUGCAAUUAAUAACAUUGGGAGUGCUGAGAAAAAUAAUAAUACAAUUAGUAUGCUCGAAAUUGACAUGACUAAUAUUAUAGGGGUCGACCAAAUCUACGGAGUUACAAAAAAUAAAACAGUUGAAGCAACAUCACCUGCACCAUCAUCACAAACACCAUCAUCAACAUAUGCACUACCACCACAAACACCAUCACCAACAUAUGCACCAAAACCACCAUCACCAACAUAUGCACUACCACCACAAACACCACCACCACGUACACCACAACCAUAUCUACCACCACGUACACCACAACCAUAUCUACCACCACGUACACCACAACCAUAUCUACCACCACGUACACCACCACCACGUACAUCACUUCUACCAACUUUACCACCCAUAACUAGAAGACCACCAGCAUACUAUCUUCCUCCGGUAACAAGUACAACUACUUUUCCAAAUGUAUCAAAAAAAGGUCCCCAAAUUGCUGAAACUAAUGCUACAAUUGCUACAACUAAUACUUCAAAAACCAUUCAGACUGAUAGUGAUCUCGAUCAUCCUCCACAUAUUCAUAGCCUCAAUGUGGAAUGCAGUAAAACUACGAUGACAAUCAAUAUUGAAUUCAAUCGCGCAUUUUACGGCAUUAUUUAUUCUAAGGGAUUUUACACAAAUUCGGAAUGUAUCUAUGUAAAACAGAAUUCUGGCUUAACGCGAUACUCUUUCAAGGUGAAUCUAGGCUCCUGCGGAACUAAAUUUGUCAACGAUUUCGAGAGUGCGGCUGGCCAAGCAUAUUUGGAAAAUGUUCUCGUAUUACAAAAUGAACCGGAUAUACAAGAAGUCUGGGAUACAGUUCGAAGAGUACAAUGCAUCUGGGAAGGAAACAUCAAUCAGACUCUGACAACGAAUCUCUCAGUAGAUAUGUUGAACCAGGAGAUUGUUACAUUUAAUGGCGAUACUGCGACAGCCAAAUUAGAUAUUCAAAUAGGCAAAGGACCUUUCGCACCAGUAGCCGAUGGACUUGUAAGGAUUGGAGAAACAAUGACUUUAGUAGUUUCCGUGAAGGGUGAUUCUGAUUUUGAUCUUCAGGUACGCGACUGUUUGGCGCGAGACGAAACUUCGACCAACAUGCUGAAACUUAUCGAUGAAAAAGGCUGUAAUUUAAAACCAAAACUUUUGGAAUCAUUUAAAAAAACAAAUGAUACCGGCAAUACAGGCGCUUCUAUUAUCGCUUAUGCAUUCUUUCAUGCUUUUAAAUUUCCCGACGUUAUGGAUCUAUUCAUCGAGUGUAACGUCGAAUUAUGUAAACCUAACUGCGAACCUUGUCUGGAACAAGUGUAUUUUAAAUCUCCACCUUCAAAACCUUUGACUCAUAAUGCUACAGCCAAUCUAGAAAUUAAAAUCGGUAAUGAUCCGUUUGGAGUUUUAGCCAACAAACCUGUAAGAGUUGAUACAACUUUGAGUUUAGUAAUCUCUGUAAAGGUUGAUCCUGGUUUUGAUAUGGAGGUACGCGACUGUUUUGCUCGAGACCAAGCCUCGAAUAAAUCUGUAAACAUCACCGACGAAAAUGGCUGCAUUUUAGAUUCACGAUUUGAUGCAUUUAAAAAGACAAACGAAACCCGCAAUACAGGCGCUUCUAUUAUUGCUUUUUCGUCUUUUAAAGCUUUUAAAUUUUAUGACAUGAAUGUAUUCGUCAAAUGUAAUGUCGAAAUAUGUAAAACCAGCUGCGAUCCAUGUCCGAAAGUAAAUCAACAUAUCCAUUCAGGAAGACGUCGUAGAUCUCUAACAUAUACAUCUUUAAACAGCUCAACGAAUUCAGUUCAGUUAUCAGAUUCAAUACGAGUCAAACAACAUCUUAAAGUGAUUCCGUUAGACGACCUGAACAUGUAAGAAACAAUUUCUAUCGAAACAAAAGAUGCCCGCAUGAGCCUCUGAAGAUUUUAUGCAACCUUCUCUCUUAUGUUGAGCACACUCUUUAUUACUGUCAUAAGCGCAACAGUGUUAUGUGUAUGAAUUAUAUUACCGUACUCAGAAAUCAGAAUUCAAAAAUUCGUAAUAUUAUUUUUGUUUUAUUAUUAUCGUAAUAAUAUCAUAAAGGAAAUAGCGUGAAAACAACAACGUGUAUCAAGAAUCAAGUAUACAUGUGUCUAUAAUACAACUAUAUUGUUAUUCUAUUACAGUAUUGAUUCUUAUUAUGAAUAUAUUACUUUUU